AUGUUUCCCUUUGCUAUAUGGCCUAUUUGGGUUAAUAGAAACAAUAACCUUUUUAAUAACACUACUAACAAAGCUUUUAUGCAAUAUGCUUAUAAGCUAGCAGUGGAAUAUAAACUCCUCACAGAAAAGGAAACUAUGCCACAACAAAAAAUUCCUAUCUUGGCAAAAUGGCUUAAACCUACUUGUAACCAUAUUAAGCUUAAUACUGACAGCUCAUUUAAUGAAGAAACAUCUACAUGUGGCUUUGGUGGUCUAUUCGGGGACAACAAUGGUAAAUGGGUGCUUGGGUUCCAGGGGUCUCUACCAGGCCUAUCUCUCUUGCAUGCUGAGCUGAUGGCACUAAAGACAAGCCUAUAUCUUGCAAUGGAACAAGGAUUCACUAACUUAGAAGUGGAAUCAGACUCGACGGAUGUUAUUGAUGCACCAGGCGAGAGUUCAAACGAUCAGGUACACCUUCAGAUAGGCCAACAAACCAGCUCACAAGCUGGCUAA